CGGCCACACCAAAUUGACCAAAAUUGUGACCGUGCUGCUUGCGGACUCGGCACUCCUGUCCGUGCUGGUAGUUUUGGUCCAGCUGCUGCGCAAAAUGAACGAUUACCUGCAGAGUAUCUUGCACAACGAAAUCUCCGAGUUGAAGAAAGAAUUUCCCAUGUUUGACUCGUCGACGGAUUGUACGGACACGCCGAACGCGCGGCAUCUAUUCCGCGGACAGCUGGAACCGGUGCUGCGGCCGAGCGAAUCGCUGUCGGACGCGCUGCAGGCUAGCGCGGCGACGACGCAAAACCUGAACGUGAUCCAGCUGGAACCGAUUUCGAUCAAGUCGGCCAAGAAAAAUCCGCAGAUCGUGAACGUCAAGCAGACGUUUCGCUUUCCGAACAAUUUCAUCACGGAGAAAAAAUCGUACCAUUCGUACGGCCAGGGACGGGCUCCGGCGCCUCGGAACAUGCACAGCCAGACCAGCAAGACGAUUGUGGAGUUGUACGAAGCGGAGAAGCGGGACGACGAGUUGCUGGUGCCGAGGGAGUCGUCGGACAGUGACGUUUCGUUGGAUCGAGGACUGCACAGGAACACUUCCUACACGGUGAUGGAUCCUGUGGGAAAGAAGAACCAUCACAAGAACUGCGGCGCGGUGAAGCCAGUCGAUAUGAUUAUGAUCAAGCCGAAGGUCCGAGCGGCCGCUCCGUCGACGCCGUACUUUAGCGGACGCAAGAAGCGACCCGGUUCAAAGCGAAAGUACACUCGCGAUUACUUCCCAAUGACGAGCAAGUCAACGCCGAAACGGAAGUUGGGCAUGUACGGAUCGCUGAAGGUGGAUGGCGGUGACGGAGAUUCUGGAAACCUGGACGAUCCUACGACAACAACUACAACGAUGACGACCACGGAGAGCAGUAACCCGUCGACGGAUUCGCUGGAUGACGAGUGCUCGACCUUUGGAACCACUGUUCAAAUCGGUCGCAUCAUCGACAAGCUCCAGGACAAUAUCUGGGAGGUCAGUCUGCACGGUAUUCGAGAACUGAUGGAAACCGCCAGCCAGGUGGACUGGAAGAAGCACGAAAAGUACGUAACGGUCAUUAACCGAAAGAUGAUUGACUUCUUGAAGAGUCCGCGAUCUUCGCUGUGCCGGUACGCCUGUCAGGCAAGUGGCGAACUGUUCCGGGAAGCCAAGUCCGUCAAACGACCCGAAUUCGACGAAAUCGUGGACAUUCUGCUGUGCAAAACCGCCGACCCGAACCGCUUCAUCCAGAAGGACGCCAACGUUGCGCUGGACAAGCUGGUUACGUACAUCCCGAUUGGACACUCGGUGCGAGUGCUGGCAGCGCGUGGACCGGUCCACAAGAAUCCCCUCGUACGAACGGCCACCGCUCGGCUGCUAGUCUGCAUCUGUGCCCUGUCCGGACUGGACGCCAUCCUGGGAACGAACGCGAGCCCCCGAACGCGCAAGGAAAUCCUAACCAUGCUGGCCAAGUUCCUGACCGACAAGAACCUCGAGACGCGCAAGUUUGGCGAGCGGCUGUACAAAAUGCUGCGAAAGCACAAAUUCUUCAACGAGUAUUUCUACAAGGACAUGGACAGCAACUGCAAGAACAACCUGAAGCGGGUACUGAAGGGCAUGUGAGGGAGGCGCGCCACGUGGCAAGGCUAAUUUAUUUGCUAUUUAUUCGAACUUUGAAGUAACA